AUGAAGUUAUCUCUGGGCACUGCAAGUGCCUCGUGUGUUUUGGCUGCCUCAAUUGGCCGUGCCUUUGUGAUUCCUGCUCCCUUCGAAGGUGCCUUUACAGCAUCAGAGACUGAGACUGCUGGAGCAAACAAUGUGGAAGAAACAUAUGAGGGCUAUUUGGAAAGUUUGGCAAAUAUGGCAAAUAUGGAAGGUUUAGAUCUUGAUACUGAAAAUUUUCCCAGACCUCAUAUUCCUUAUUUCUUAAAGCCACUAGUGGAAACUGAAAAAUUGCAAUCAAAGAUCUCUGUUGGAGAUUUGAAUUCAACUGCAAUUGAUCUUUUCCACAUUGCAAAUUCUUCGUUCGAAGAAUAUGGACACCCAACAAGGGUUAUUGGCUCUCAGGGCCAUUGGAACACUUUGGAUUACAUCUUAGAACAGUUUGAACAGAUGAAAGAUUAUUAUACUACAGAAACUCAAAACUUCACCGCACUUUCUGGUAAGAUCCGCUCUUUCAAUUUAUCUGAUGCUAAGACCAAUGAGACUUUUGUUAAUACUACUGCAUUUGCCUUGUCACCUCCUGUCAAGGAAUUUGUUGGUAAGUUGGUAGAAAUUCCAAAUCUGGGUUGUAAUCCCGAAGAUUAUGAAGCAGCUUUGCCUAAGAAAGAUCAUGAUAAGGGCAAAGGUAAGAAACACCACGGUGGUUUCUGGCCAUGGAGUAAAAAACCUGAAGAACAGGUUGAACCGUUCAUGGAAGAUGAUGAAGAACAUCCUAAACAGGGUUGUCAUGGUAAGGGUAAAUCCACCCACCAAAGGAUCGCCCUAAUUGAAAGAGGACAAUGUCCAUUUGGUGAUAAAGUAGAAUUGGCUGGUAAAUAUGGUUACCAUGCAGCCAUCAUCUAUGAUAAUGAUCCUGAGGCUGAAGGUGGAUUACAUGGUACUUUGGGUAACCCAACUAAUCACAGUAUUUCCACUUUGGGUGUUACUUUCUCAACUGGUCAAGAACUGUCUCGUAGAGUUGCGAAGAACAAGCAUUACUCUUUAAAAUUUGCAAUGGAUUCAUUCGUUAAACAAAUUAAAACUACAAAUGUUAUUGCAGACACCAAACACGGUGACCCUAACAAUAUCGUGGCCCUAGGUGCUCAUUCUGACUCUGUCGAAGAUGGACCCGGUAUUAACGAUGAUGGUUCUGGUACCAUUUCUCUACUGACUGUGGCUAAACAAUUGACCCAUUUCAAGAUUAACAAUAAAGUUCGUUUUGCUUGGUGGGCUGCCGAAGAGGAAGGUUUGAUUGGCUCCACUUAUUAUGCCGAUAACUUGUCUAAGGAGGAAAAUGAAAAGAUUAGAGUUUUCAUGGAUUAUGAUAUGAUGGCUUCUCCUAACUACGAAUACGAGGUUUACGACGCUCAUAAUAAAGAUUGCCCAGCAGGUUCAGAAGAAUUGAGAGAUCUGUACAUCAACUUUUACAAAUCAAGAGGAUUGAACUACACUUUGAUUCCAUUUGACGGUAGAUCCGAUUAUGUUGGAUUUAUUGAUAACGGUAUCCCUGCCGGUGGUAUUGCUGCCGGUGCUGAAAAGUCAAACGUUUUCCGCGGUGGUGUCUUGGAUAAGUGUUACCACCAAUUGUGUGACAAUUUGACCAACUUGGCUUGGGAUGCAUUCCUUGUCAACACUGAAUUGAUUGCACAUUCCGUGGCUACCUAUGCCAACUCGUUCACAGGGUUCCCUGAAAGAGUUAUCAACAACGGUACGUUGGCUUCUGCUCAAGGAGCUAGUUAUAAGGUACCAUUGUUCCCUUACAGAGGUGACAACUUGAUCAUUUGA